AUGAUUCCUCCGAGAAGGAAGAAAUGGACCGAUGCAGAGGAGAAAACCCUAAUCGAUAAGUACGGUGAGAUGGUUUCCGAUGGUUCGCUCGCGAAGAUGAGAACUCGCGAGAAAAAGUUUAAACCUUUAGCUUGUUAUGUGAAUUCGGUGCAUCAUGUUCGCGAUCCCGUGGUGUUUCCUUGGCAAUGGAGUUGGAAAGAUGUUUCCACUAAGGUGCAGAAUAUGAGGCAUCAGUAUCUUUUGGUGAAGCAGAAGAUUAAGAAACCGGAGUUUUCUGGAGGGGGUUGUGAUGGGAGUGAGUUUGACUGGAUGGAGGGGGUUACUCAUUGGUCUAAUUUUCUUAGGUAUAAGGAAGUGUUUGGAGAUGUUGCGCUUGUUGUCGGUGGUGGUGGUGGUGGAGGUGGUCAUCUUCAUGGUGGUAAUGGUGAGUUGAUUGGGUUGGUUGAUGGUGAUCAUGGAAAUGGGUUUCUUGCUGGUGGUGGAGAUGAAGGAAUGAAUAUGGUUGAGUUUGGGCAGAUGGGUCAUUCGGGGGAUGGAGAUGGUGACUUUGCGGCUGCUAUGGAUGGAGUUGAUAAUGAGGUGAUGGGAUUAGGGUUUGGAUAUGAUGCGGAAGAAGGGGAGGUGAAUUUUAAUGGGAAUGGGCGGACGAGAGAGGAUGCGGAGAAUGGUUAUGUGUAUGAGGAAGGUGAAGUGACAGGGUCGAAUUUGAAGAAGAAGAGGAAGGUGGCGAAGGGGGUGGAAAAGAAGGUGUGGAGGAUUCUUGCUAACCAGUUGGGACAUUUGAGGGAAAUGGAGGUUCAAUUUGAGCAGCGUGAGAUGGAUAGGGAACACGAGAGACAGAGGAGGGAAACCCUGCGAGGUGAGUGGGAGAAGAGAUUUGAGGAAAGGGAAAAGGAGAGGGAGAAAGAGAGGGAAAACGUGAGAAGGCAGAGGAUGUCUGAGUGGGAAGCUAUAGAGAAGGAAAAUGAAGAGAAGGAAAGGAAAAGAAGAGAGGAAGAGUUGAUUCAUGAGAUGGAACGGGAGGAGAGAAUGAAUUGUAGGAGGCUAGAAUGGAAGAAGAGGAUCAACGACAUGCUAAAUCAGCACCGAGCAGAGAUGGGCCAGGUGCAGACUCGGAUUCUUCACGAGCAACAGAAUCUUAGUAGCCAAUUGCUCGGUAUAUUCUCCCAGUGGACUGCCCAACCUGCUGGCCUAUCUGAUCAUACUAGUGCGAGCAACCAUUAUCUUUCACAAAUGAUGCAAAACUUGCAUCAUGUAAAUGGUAUUGUUCACGAAGACACUAGGGUUGAGGGGGAUAAUCAAGAAGAUCAAUUCAUUGUUGAUGGGUGA